GCCUCCUCUUCCCACAGUGCGCCCACAAGAAGAGACCCGAACGAGCCCGACCGGCGACGCCACCAUCACCUCCUCCUCCUCCACGAAUUCCCCGCAGGUUCCUGCAGGAAUCCAUCCAAUUUGCGCCCUUUUGCUUUCCGCCGGGGCCAAUUCUCGUGGAAAUUCGGGAAAAGGGCGCGAUUGUUCCGCCUUUCUCUUUCCGUUCUGCGGCUAGGCACCUCCCCCCUUUCCCUUUUGACUCCGGCGCGGUUCCCCCUUUCUUUCUCGGUGUCGCCGAUCGGCAAAGGCGCGGGUUCGGUCGCGGAUUUGGCUCCGGAGGCGGCGAUUUAAUCUGGUGGAAAUGAUGGAUUUGAGGGGAGUUCUUUAGCGCGGUCUGAUCGGUCGAUCGGCUAUGAUUAAGCAAAUCCUGGGACGGCUGCCCAAGAAGCCUUCCAAGUCCGGCGAGAGGGAUUUUGCUGGGGCCGGCUCGUCGCUGUCGAGCCCGACGUCUGAUGCGAGAACCACCACAGAUUUGACCAUGUCUAGUAGGAUUGGCAAUCCGAACAAUUAUGCCGGCGCCGGCAUGAAUCCCGGACAGAGUUAUGGCACCAAGAACGCCGGCGUUGGUGCGGGUGGCAGCAAUGGUUUCCUCGCCCCGCCUGCGUACGAUGCGCUUCCGAGCUUCCGCGAUGUGCCGGUCCCAGAGAAGCCAGGCCUGUUCCUCAGGAAGCUCGCCAUGUGCUGCGUGGUGUUUGACUUCACGGACCCGACAAAGGAUGUGAAAGAGAAGGAGAUCAAGAGGCAAACGCUGCUUGAGCUCGUGGAUUAUGUCACCUCAGCCACCGGAAAGUUCCCUGAGCCUGCUGUGCAGGAGGUCGUCAGCAUGGUGUCAAUAAACCUGUUCCGUGGCCCGAAUCCUGCCCCGAGAGAGAACAAGGUGAUCGAGUCUUUUGACUUGGAGGAGGAAGAGCCUGUCAUGGACCCGGCAUGGCCGCACUUGCAGAUUGUCUAUGAGUUGUUCUUAAGGUUUGUUCAGUCUCCUGAGACAGACGCGAAGAUGGCCAAGAGAUAUGUUGAUCAAGGCUUCAUCCUCAAGCUGCUUGAUCUCUUUGACUCGGAGGAUCCUAGGGAGAGGGAGUAUUUGAAGACAAUACUUCACAGGAUAUAUGGGAAGUUCAUGGUGCACCGUCCAUUCAUCAGGAAGGCGAUUAAUAAUAUAUUCUACAGAUUUGUAUUUGAGACAGAAAAGCAUUAUGGGAUUGCAGAGCUGUUAGAGAUUUUGGGGAGUAUAAUAAAUGGUUUUGCUUUGCCACUCAAGGAAGAGCACAAAUCAUUUUUAGUCCGUGCACUGAUUCCACUCCACAAACCGAAAUGUGUUAGCAUGUACCAUCAGCAACUGUCCUAUUGUAUCACUCAGUUCGUUGAGAAAGACUGCAAGCUUGCUGAUACUGUUAUAAGGGGUUUACUUAAGUAUUGGCCCAUCACGAAUAGCUCGAAGGAGGUGAUGUUUUUGAGUGAAUUAGAGGAAGUCUUGGAAGCCACUCAGCCAGCAGAAUUCCAGAGAUGUAUGGUGCCACUUUUCCGACAGAUUGCCCGCUGUUUAAGUAGUUCACACUUUCAGGUGGCUGAGAGAGCUCUGUUUCUAUGGAACAACGAUCAUAUUGAGAGUUUGAUCAAACAAAACAGCAAGGUGUUAUUGCCCAUAAUCCUUCCUGCGUUAGAACGAAAUACAAAAGGUCAUUGGCACCAGGCAGUUCAAAGUUUGAGUCUUAAUGUUCGCAAAAUAUUCUUGGACCAUGAUCCUGCACUGUUUUCGGAGUGUCUAAAGAAGUUUGAGGACGACGAAGCUCAAGAAGCUGCGGUGAGAUCAAAACGCGAGGCUACGUGGAAGCGUCUAGAGGAAAUUACCAUGUCAAAUCUACAAGCAGCGAGUCCAGAGGCAAUGGAUUAUGAGCAGAGUUCGUCUACCUAACUUGCUUGCUGACUUGCAUAUGAGCCUCUCUUUCUCAGGAACAAGUUGAAUUGCUGACGUGAAUGCUCAUGGAUGACUGCUUGCCUCUUGUUACUUGUUCCUGAACAAUUUUUUCAGGCUGACAUGUAAAUACAACCUAGAUGAUGAACCGUGAAGCUUUAGCACUGCUCUCGUGUUCUGUCGGUCGCGAGAUAGUAAAUUCAGUUUCAUCGUCGAGGGACAGAAAGAAAGGAGGCAAUUACCUGUCCUGGCUUAUAUGAGAUGUAUGUGCUACAACAGGUCAAUGUGCAGCCGGCAGCUCAAAGAAUAGAAGGUCACAGUAGUACUUGCACUUGCUUGCUGAUGGUGAUUUUGCUGAAAUGUAAUGCUUUAUGUAUGAAUAACUUGUAGUUUUGUCUUCGUAAUAUGUACUGGUUUACAUGUGUCUGCUUCACUAGUAUACACAAAUCUGCAAGGGAUCACUGCUUUUGGGAACUUACUGAAAUUUGGUUUCCUGAUUAA